AUGCUUUUACAAUCCGAAGAAGAAGAUAAAGAAAGCAAUAGACCUAUCCACGAUGGCUUAUCCCAAGAUGAUAUUAGCUCUGGGAAUAUUAUAGCUAUUAUAUUGGCACUUAAUGGCAACUGCAAAACACCCUUUCAAGAAUGUAUAACUACGAUGACUCAACAACAGAAGCCCGGUGACGAGAUUACCUGCAUCAUAUACGAUGAGCUCAUGUACUUUGCUGAAGCGGCUGCCAAUCAUCUGAAGCUUUCAAGUAUGAUAUUGUGCACCACCAGUGUUGCCACUGCUCUAUCUCGUUUGGCCAUUCCCCAUCUCAAGGAAGAAGGUUGCAUCCCUUGGCAAGAGUCUAUGUCACAGGAUCGAGUGCCUGACCUUCAUUCCCUCAGGUUCAAGGAUCUACCAGUUUCCAUGUUUGGAGUCCCAGAUAAUUUCUUGGAUCUGAUAGCCCAGAUGUACAAUGCAAGAAAGUCUUCAGCUGUCAUAUUCAAUACCAUAGAUUGCCUUGAACAAUCACACGAUGGGAGGAAUGGAAAAGCAAGUUUAGAGAUGUCAUUUAUUGGUGUUGGUUGCAUGUCCAUUCCAAAGCCACAUAAAUCCAAUGCUUCAGGUUGA